AUGAAACUCCUCAGCAGCAGUACCACGACCUGCUCCAUCCCCACCCCUACUUUUUCCAUCCCAACCCGCCGCGGCCUUCCGCCAAAUCUAACCCCAAAGGCGCUGGAGGAGGUGUUGUUCGAUUCGGAAGGGUAUUUGGUAAACAUCCCAGUCGGAGACGUGCUCGGGUCGAAUUAUGUCAACAGCGCAGGAACAAGCAAAACGAAUGUCAAAAGUUUAAUUCCGGAGGGGAAAAGUGCGAAGGAACAUUUUGGAUACGAUAGUUGUACAACCAGCACAACUACAACUUCCUCUUCUAAAGCCAUCCUCUACCUGUCGGGAAGCCGAGAUGUACUGGAAGCGGGGAACAGCCAUGUGGUUUUCACGGGGGUUAGAGACGUCGAUACUACAACAGCAGUUAGUGGUGCUACUCCCGCAGGUCCGGUAGUUACAACCGCAAGCAGCACCAGCAACGGCGGCGAGAGCAGUACGACUUCGCCGAGUUGCGUACAACAACUUCAGCAACAGAAAAAGACGAAUUUCCAGGGUAAGGUCGUUACCAAAAACCGGGAAAGGUCGAGGUCUAAAUCCAAGGGCAUGAUUACAGGAGAAGAUGGUGAUCUGCAACUUCCGCCCGGGGAAUUCCAUGCGAGUCGGUUUGUAAAGGAGCCGAAAGUAGUGGAGCAAUUUUCAUCUGCGAAAUCGAAAGAGAUGGAACAAGCUGGAAGUUGUACUCCAAACGCCGAAGCAGGUUCAUCUGUAGAAGCUGCACGAGAACCGAUGAAAGCUACAACCACAACAUCAAAAUCCAAUGCAGCAGCAGUUUCUACUACUGCGCGGAACAUCUUCACAAGCAAUACGAACACGAAGCCAAUCAUUCUGCAGAACACCAUCCACGGGACGCAGAAGAUCAGCGAAGAGGGUUUUGUCGAGCUCGCCAAGAAGUUCGACUUCGCCACUCAAGUCGCGGAAGAAACCGAUGUGUUUCUCGGGCGGAACCGGGCCCAGAAAUCCGUGGAGCGGAGCCGGGACGGGACGAGUGGGUGGGUGAACAACUUGUGUCAGGACACGACCUCUGGAGGUGGUUCAAAACCCAAGUUUAUCGCCCCGGUCAUCCAGGGGGGGAGUUUCGAGGGGCUGCGGGUGAUCGCGACGAAGAAUGUGCUCACGAAAUGGGAACAACAGGAAGACAAUUGUGAAAUGAAACCUGCUCUUCUGAAACAAGCAGAAGGAGCGGAGUAUGAUCAAAAAGAAGCAAGCGAACCCCCACUGCUUCUAGAGACGACCACGAGCAAGAAAGAACACGAACCUGCUGAAGCUCCGGUGAAAAAUAAAACAUCACUUCCACCCAACAUCUGCUGCAUCAGCGGUCUGGGUCUUGGGGAAUCAUUUGAAGAUCGGAAGGACAUUGUGGAAACGGUGUUGAGAACGAUGGAAAACAGUGACAAAAACGGGAGAAAAGCCGCCAUUUUCCUCCCGACCAAGGGGGACUUGCAGGAUGUUUUCGAGUUUGCUGAAAAGGUGGAUGUGUUCGAAAUCUAUCCUGAAUAAAAACGUACCCACACCAGAGUUGUAAUGCUGAUUUGCAAAGACAGGAAGAUUGGUAAUGCGCAUCCCCAUGAGAGCCAUUUCCAGUCGUGUUUUCGAAUUUGUGAUGCUGCGAACAGGAUGAGCAGAGGGAUUUGUAAUGCGACUUCCCUUGCUAAACUGCACUACAAUACAGCCUGCAAUUUGUCAUGCGUGACUCACAAAACUCCUAGGUUUGUGUUGCAAAAUCCCCAUCCUGACUCUGGUGUGGGUACGUUUUUACUCAGGAUAAAAUCGGCUUUCCAUUUAUUUGCGCGAAUAACGGAAUUGCGUUGACUUUUUCGCUGAACAUGCCGGAGGAUAAACCUGUGAAAGAAUUGAUUGCGGAAAUUGUUGCUGCUGGGAAAACGCGCCGCUCUUGGGGUGUCGACUUGAUGCGACCGGAGUGCGCGGACGAGUUUAUUCCAGUGGAAGAGGUGGACGAGCAGGCAAAUACAGCAGCGGAAAUAAGUUCUGGCAAGAAGGGUCUGCAAGAGCAGAAGUGCACCCGGGCGUAUCUCUCCCAUUUGCUGCACUUGCAGGAACUGGCAGCCUACAUCUGGCUCACGCGGCACAACCUGCGAAAAUACGAAUUGCUGUUCCGGGAAAUCCGGAAGCACCUGGCGAAGGGCACGUUUGAGGAGUACAGGAACUGGUUCUAUGUCACGCAUGGGAUGGGGAUCUUUGGUUAUUGUAAACCGGCGUCUUCUUCUCCUGCAACUGCUGACGCUACUGGUGCUGCAGCCGGUGCAGGACAAGUGUCAACAUCGACGGCCGAAAAUCAAGCUGUACCUUCCAACAAGCGACCGGCGGAAGCAGAGGAAUUACUACAACCUGCUGUGGGGGAGAUCAUGAAAAGAACUGCUACAGGAGAAGUUGUGACACAGCAGCUGGGCACCGAGGCGAAGCAGGAAGAAAAGCAAAAGCCGGGUGAAGAAGCCAGCGAACCAGCAACAAAGAUUGCGAAGGUGGACUGAUGAGGAUCUCGUCAACUACCCUACUGUGUGAAAAUGUUGUCCGUAUUUCUAGUACCAGUCUCGACAUGUUUUGGAACCAAUUAUUGCACUAUCACGCGCACCGAAGAAGAAGAGAAUGCAUUGAUUCCCGCACUACAUCUACAACUAC